AUUCCGCACAGCUUAUACUUCUUGUGCACUACAUUUGAACUUCGUGCUCGGUCACAUGAUCUCAUCUGGAACCGGCUUCAUGUUGAGAUCCAACAGGAUCCAGUCACCGGGGCGAUUGCUACUGGUCAGCCCGGCCAAAUGCCGCCAAUAAAGGUGAUUACGCACGAACGCGGUGAACUUCCUUUCAGUGCCUACGACCGCCACAUCGACCUGGAGGUGGUUCCAGGCACUGAAGUGUCCCUCUACUUCUCCAAACAUGUCUACCGCAGAUUGAGCACUUCAAGAAACCCUUGCUUUGAUGGGGCAGAUGCAAAGGAGUUGGCUGAGACCCCGGUUUUUGAGGAGCAAUCCGAGGAAGAGAAUGAUUUUUCGACAAAUCAGGCUCAAAUCUUUGAUGAAGAUAGGAAUACAAUUUUUUCAUACGGUCAAACGAGAAGAGCCACAAGCUGGCCAUUAGAUGCAUUAGAUCUUUUUCGGAUAAGAAGUUCAACCGGUGCAGAACAUGAUGCCACUGGCUUACCCGAGAAUAGCAUUAAAGAUACUGCGAUCUCGGUGCCGAGCACAUCAAUGCAUUUCUCAUCAGCAACAAUGUCGGCCAUACUCACCAAGAAUAAAUCCACCUGGAAAGAAAAUUCUCACCCACAGAUUACGAAUGGCACUUUUGGUGGUAUCGCCAUUAAUCGCGAUAUUUUCAUGGCUGCCAAGUUGCUGCGAAUGUUUAGCACUGGCUUUCUGUACACCAGGUCUGGAUAA